UGUUGCAAGAUCGGAGCUGUCAGAGAUUUUGCUUUUUUUUCUUCCCUUUUUCCUUUUUCUUUCUUUUAUUUUUUCUUUCUUUUUUCUUUUUUAAAAAAAGGAACGCGGAGGAAAAGAGGGGAAGAAAGGUGGGAGAAAAAGAUGCACGUGCGAGUGAGCGAUUAAAGCAUCCUGCCGAGAACCGAUCCAUGGGCAAAGCUGACUCUUGACACUUGGGGUACCCCAACGCUGCGCUGUUUGGAGGAAGAUGGGUAGACUGUGAGGACUUCGGGGAGGAGGCGGAGUUUGAGGGGCUGGUUUUGUUUUGAUCUCUCUCUCUCUCUCUCUUUUCUGAGAAGGGGGGGAUGAAAGAGAGAGAGAGAGAGAGAGAGUCUGAGACUGGAAAUAUAAGAUAACUGCAAAAAAAAAGCGAACCCGUCCAAAUGCCCGAGUCUUUGGAUAUCUCUCUCUACUAGAUUCCCGCUCUAAAACCAACAAGUGGAUUUUAUUGUGCGUUUCCCCCCUUCCACCCCCUUUCCUCUAACAACAUUCUCAGACUCAGAAUCCCUCCACCUCCUGGACUGGCGAGGUGGGGGAGUCCGGAAAGCGGUGGGGGGCAAAGGGAAGACGGCGAUCUCCGGAGCUGGCGACCGACUAUGGAAGAGCAGGCGGAGGCUAAAAGCCAGCGCGACUCGGCUCCGACUCCAGUCAGCGGGAGCAGCGGCAGCGGGAGCGAUGGCGAGAGCGUCCCGGUGUCGCCCAGCGGCCACGCUCCCUUGUCUCCCGCCGCGCCUUGCCUCGUGCCUCUGCCCCUUCAUCCGCACCACCAUCACCACCACGGCCACCAUCAACACCAGCACCACGCCGACUCGCCCGAGAACCCCGACAGCUCCUCCACGGUCUCCAAAGCGAGCCCCGCCGCGGCAGCAGCGGUAGGGACGGCCAAGCCCCCCUCCACUACCUCCUCCUCCACCUCCUCCACCUCUUCCACCUCCUCCUCCUCUUCCUCCUCCUCCUCCUCCUGCUCGGAAGGGAGUGGAACUAACCCGGCGAAGUACGGGGAGCACGCCAACCCGGCCAUCCUCCUCGUGGGCUCCGGGAAUGGAGGAGUGGGGGCCUCCGGCGAGGGUCAACAGCCGCUGGUUUGGCCGGCCUGGGUUUACUGCACUAGGUAUUCAGACAGACCGUCCUCGGGUCCCCGAACGAGGAAGCUGAAGAAGAAGAAGAACGAGAAGGAGGACAAGCGGCCGCGCACGGCCUUCACCGCCGAGCAGCUGCAGAGACUCAAGGCGGAGUUCCAGGCCAACCGCUACAUCACCGAGCAGCGGCGGCAGACGUUGGCUCAGGAGCUGAGCCUCAACGAGUCCCAGAUCAAAAUCUGGUUUCAGAACAAGCGGGCCAAGAUCAAGAAAGCCACCGGCAUCAAGAACGGCCUGGCCCUUCACCUCAUGGCCCAAGGACUGUACAAUCAUUCCACCACCACCGUGCAGGACAAAGAGGACAGCGAGUGAGGCCGGACCGACCCAGCUGUCCCCCCGCGGACUGCCCACCUCCCGUCCCCUCCGCCCCCCCGUCCCCGUUGGCUCCUUUUCGUUCCGUUCGUUUUCAUUCUUCCUAAGAUUAUUAUUAUUAUAAUUAUUAUUAUAAUUAUUAUAAUUAAAAUAUUAUUAUUAUUAUUAUUACGAACCUGAGUGGCAGGGAAGACAAAGAAACUCCGCUUGGGCGAAGCUAAGCGAAAACAAAACCCGGCCAGGACUGAGGAAGGCCGGCGCGGGGACUCGGACGAGGGGUUCUGUUUUCAAGAAAACGAAUCAAAAUUUUAUGGUUUUAUUAUCCGCAGUUUUGAGGAUUCCAACAUUAAAUUCCGAACACUUUAAAAACAAAAGUCUAUAUAGCCAAACAUCGUAUGAGCUUGUAUAUAUUUAAUUUCAGGUAAGAAAAUCAAUUAUGGGGAAAAAAAAGUGUAGUUCUUUUUUAAAAAAAAAUAUUUUCCCCUUUUCGCUCAGCUACUGAGCGCCUCCCCUCUCCCGUCUCUCCAAAGCUGUUGGGUCUUUAUUUUUCUUAUGUGUUUCCUUAAUUAUUAAUCUCCCUUCUUCCCCGCAGCCUCUAGUCCUGUCAGCAUCUUAGUUUUGAAGUGUUUGUCUGGCUCCUCUUCCUCUCCCCCCUCUCCGAUUGUUUUUCUGUCUCCCUUCCCCGCGUUCUGGUGUGUGCCUCGGCCGAUCUUGAGUUCGUGUGUGUGCGCGUCCCUCCCGAGGAACACCGGUGACCCCCACAGACUGCCAGACUGAACCCUUGCUGCAAGCCAAAGAUUUUUUUCUGUAGUCUGAAAUAAAACGUAGAUUGUGUUCAGGAUGUACGUCGGUUCUGUAAUCCUUUCUCUUCCCCCA